AUGCGGCAUUGGAACGACUUGCACGAGAGCUUAGCUGCACCCAGCCCGAUUGUGCCAACCGGUCCGCCGUUGUCGUCGAAACAUCACCAGAAACACUUCCAUUACACAAUGUCUUCCAAACAACAACUUCCGUUCUCUGCAAACAGCACGCUGCCCCUUCCAUACUCGGGUGAGACUGAAGAGCACAGCCAUAUUAAGACUGACCAGGACGUGGCAGAGUUGGUGCAUUGUCUUCAGACUCAGGCUGCUUCUGCUUCUUCACCACCUGGUUCGCUCUCUUCGAACUCGCCACCACCUACCACCACCGGUGCUCGCGAGAUGUUCAAAGCUGGACACCGUCGUCUUCGACAAUUGGCCCAGCGCCAGAAGAAAGACGCCGCCGACCCCGAGACAAAAGCCGAAGAGGACAGACAGCAGCUCUCCGCCCUGCAACGGGAGGGUCUCCUGCCUGCAUCCGCUGUCAAAAAGUCCCAUGCAAAGAAGGGGAGUGUUGAUUCCACGUCACAGACCAGCUGCAAGUCGAGUUCGCGGCGUGAUGUCGAACGCAUCGGGCAGCCGUGGCUGGCUGAUCCGCUUGAGAGGUGCAUGGCUGAUCCGCUCAUGUCGUCGGGCCGUGUUGCUUCGAUGGAUUUGAGUCACUUGAAUUCGUCCACAAAUAGUGCUGUGGCUCAGGAGCCGGGGGCAAAGUAUAAGUCGGCACUGCCGUUUCAGCCGUUGACGUUGCCGGAUUUUAUCGCCAGUGGUAGACGGGAUUCUGCGCAGCAGGCACUUGAUGGUUUCCUCGAGCAUGCUGGUAAAACGUCGCCAGCAGACAAUGCCUCUCCUUCCAACGAUACGAACAAAGAGUCCAAUCCCGCCAACACAUCCGAGACCAACACAACCCAGGAGCAAAAGAAACCUGAGAACACCGACUCAACUGCAAAAGCCAAACCUGCCCCCAAAAACACGCUCAAGCUCUUCCCUGACCCCGUCCCGCCGCGACUAUCGAGUAAAACAGCAUUGCGGUUAUCGAAGGUCCCACCAGCAAACGGCCUCCAGCGCGCACAGCAGAAACUCCCGACAUUGAACGAGAUUUCGAAAUCAGCGUUACCGUCUCCCACCGCACAACACGCCAGAGAUCGUCCUCCAAAAGAGCCCAGGUCGGCUCCGGCAGCCACCAGUCAGUUCAUCGGUGUCGAGCGAGAGAAGGCGGAGAACGCAGAACAGUCGUCCAACGACAAGAACACGCCUCGGUACUCGGCUUUGCCUAUGAAUGCUAUCAAUGCGUUUCCUCUGCCUGCGCCCACGAGGCCUUUGCCUUCGUUGCCCGAGAAUGCCGCAGCUGAUGCAAAGGUACCCAGGAAGAGCCAACCCAUUCGGAAUGUGUCCAGCCCUGUUCCAGAUAGCUCGAAUCGACAGACAGAAACUGCUCGCCAACCGCCAAACCAGCCACCGAAAUGCGCAACACCUGAGCCGGCUCAGGAGCGCAACCGUGCGGGAGCCCCUGCACGCAGGGUGAAGGAAAUGGCACAGUAUCUUGACGUGGCUGCUUCGGGGGAGACCGAGAAGAGGUCGCGAUCGUUGGAUGUUGCUCGUCCGGAGGAACCGAAAGAUCAUGCGAAACAGAAUGUCAGGCGCAGCAUGGAGGUCACCCAGUGGGUUCAUAGGGACGCUGUGCCAGGCCCUCUGCCUACUCCACCACCAGAGUCCCAUGCACGCUCUAGUGGUAGGUCUGUGCCUACGAGCCCGAAGCUAAAGCACAGCGAGCCAACGUUGGGGCCUGCGUUCCGCGAAGGUCAGAUCCAGCGAAGCAACAGCUACCGGGAGCCGAUUCGGAACGAGAAGGUGAGCAGCGAUCAACACGACGACCUCCGCUCCGAAUACCCCAUCCCGUCCUCAGACGAAGAAGGUAUCGCCCGCAAUCCCUGGUCAAGCCGGGCACAGAAGAAGCGCCGACGAGCAAAGCCGCAAAAACCAGUUGACCCCGCCCAGUCAACGCAGCGAAUUCCUCGCAUUGAAAAGCCCGCACAACGUGAGUCCAUGUCGCCGCCGAACAACCGCAGCAGUCGCAGCUUUGGCAGGUCGUCGCCCCUGUCGCAGUACUCCCAGUGCACAUAUCACUCUCACGACUCGAGCGCCAUAAGCAUCCUCGAGGGACGCAUUGCACAGCUCGAGCGUCAGAACAAGAUCCUUCAAGCCGCUCUUCUGGCGGCCCUGGACGUCGGCAACAAAGGAAGCACCGAGAGUCUUCUCAGCGGAACAGUCGCAUCGUUGCUUUCUGCACCGUCAGUUUCGUCCAAGACGUCGCCGGCUUCGAGCUAUGACGAGCGAACGGAGAAGUCGAAGCGGAGGGAGACUUGGCUCGAUACCAGCAGCAGACGCAGUAGCGUGAGUUCCGCUGGGGAGGAUAUGGAUUUUGGAUGGUUGUCGGAUAAGUCGAGUGUUGGGGAUUCACUCAGAGUGCCAUAA